AUUCGUUCAUUAUUCAAAUGGGCCAAUGCUAAAACGUGAAAAUUGAGUGUACAGCCCACUAUAAAAACUUGUUGGUAAUGUGGUGGGGAAAAAUCUUUGAGAAACAGCUUCCUAACCACAUUUAUCAUCAAUCCAUUCAUUCCUUCAUUCAUCCACCCCCAGUACUAUUACUAGCUACUUCACACACACACAUAUGUACGUAGAAGACGCAAUUCAAUUAGUUGAUGAUGAGUGAUGUGUCGGCACCGCCUUCUCCAGCAACGGUUCAGGCCGACUUCGCUCGACAUGGAAAAACUACGAUGCUCCUUCUUAUCACUAUUUUCGCUGUUUUUCUCAUCUUUAUAUUCUUCUUUCAGAGCAUACGCCGUCGCUUAUGCUCCCCAAGAUACAGUACUGAGACGGGAGUAGCUGCAACCAUGAUAUGAGUAAUUAUUGUUUUUCUUUUCUCCAGAACUACUAUAUGUCUUUUCUUGUGUAUGGUAAAUAAAAGAUUAUAAUGUACAUGGAGAAAUAGGUUUUGAGUUGUAAAACAGGAAUGAAUGAUGAUAUAUAAAUUAAAGCAGUUGAGAGAUGGGUGGUUCAUUUCUUGUAUGCAAAAAUCUAGCUAUUGAUUAUCAAGUGAUGGUGUAUUGGGUGUCCUGAUGAGAUGAUUGUGAUGUAAUUUAACAGGGCUUCUCUAGUCUCCCACCCUUAAUGAAUCAUAUUCCUUCCACUUUGUGUGUAGUAGUAUUUUUCAGAGACAUUUCAAGAAUCACUAUGAUGGGCUUAGGACUCAGGCCCAGGAAUAAUGUAUGGGCCCACCCACACUUAUAUUACAACAUCAGAUCAUUACGUUGUGUUUUAAUACUUGCUUCUGUCAGCUAAAACCCCACACACCCACGCGCCACCACUUCCUUUAUCCCAUGUCCCCCCCCAACCCAUUUAUACACGCGAAUCGGUAGAGCGUGACCUGAACCUCCUCUAAUGUGAGGCCCCAAAUUUGCGCUCUACAUAAAUGAAAAUAUUACAUUAUUAUUAUUAUUAUAGCUCGCAAUCGGUUUUUCAGCGGCUCUCCGUUACAAACGGCUUCAUUUUAUACCCACUCUACUAAUUUCUUUUUUUCUUUUUUGAUUUUGCAAAAUUAUUUUUUAAUCUUUUGAUUCAACCCUUUUCACGCACUCAUAGUUUUUCUGUGAGAAAGAAAAGCCAAAUAAAAAAUACAAUUAAUUACACAAAACGGAUUAUUUGAUAUCCAUACGCAUAUAGAUAUCGAUUAUACAUAGAGAGAGAGAGAGAGAGCGUGGCCGUGCAUAUUAACGGCCACCACCACCGCCACCGCCACCGCCCUCAACCACCAUCAUCAAAUCAAAACCUUUUCAAAAACACUAAAUUAUUGGAUUUACUCCUAUCCCCCUUCUUCUUUUCCUUUUCUCCCUUUGCUGAUGGAGAGAAUGAUUUCUCUCAGCACCAGUUCCCGUUUGUAAAGAUUUCUCCUUUCUUGGUCAACGGUGGUGUUUGGAGCAACAUAUAUUCAAUACAAUGCGUAGUUUGAAGAUGAUAGAUGGAUGCAAAGGCAACCAAGUAUACGCCGUUAAUUGUACGUCCAGUGGCGGUGGAGGUGGGGGAGCAGCCGGCGGUGGUGUGGGGGAGAAAUUCUUCCAACAUUUGCAAGACCAUUUAAGGGUUAAUUCAAUUAGGUCGAAAUCUCAUCGACGUAAUCCGAGUUUCUCUCAGACUAAUACUGUGAUUUCAAGUAUCAUAGCAGAGGCUCUUGCCACUUAUGGGCUGCCACAGACGGAUCUCAUCCACCCUCAGAUUGAUCCGUGUCUCAAAUCUGUUGAUUUUGUGGCAACUUUAGCUGAUGCUUAUAGGAGACUUGAGAAUUGCCCUGAAUCUGAGAGAUCAGGGGUGUAUAUGGAGCAAUGCGCUAUCUUUAGGGGAUUGCCUGACCCAAAAUUGUUUAGGAGAUGUCUUCGGUCCGCUAGACAACAUGCAGUGGAUGUGCAUUCUAAGGUUGUACUUUCAGCUUGGUUAAGGUUCGAGAGGAGGGAGGAUGAGUUGUUUGGGGUGUCAGCAAUGAACUGUAGUGGUUGGAGUAUGGAGUGCCCAAAGAGUUCGUUGGUAUCUGGGUAUAAUCCUAAGUCUGAAAGUGAUGUUUGUUUGUGUCACCGAGGCUCGGAAGAAGGCGUGGGCGUGGAACCCGGUGUACAAGGUCAAGAAUGCUCGACUUCAAUUAGUCAUGGUGAUGAUGAAGAUGAUGAUUAUGAUAUGUUGUUUUGUAUUGGGGACGAUGAGGUCAAAUGCAAUAGGUAUAAGAUUGCUUCACUCUCUAGACCAUUCAAAUCAAUGUUGUAUGGUUGCUUUAUGGAAUCGGGGAAGGAGAGAAUAUAUUUCACCCAGAAUGGGAUUUCUG